AUGGGAGAAAAUAGGAGAAGACAACAAAAGCUUCAGAAUGUUCCACAGAUUCCUUGCAUACGAGUCCCUCCAUCUGCCUCAGUCACUUCAUUACUGAAGAACCUGAGCCGGGGGCAGCAGCGCUACUUGUACAAUAUCAUGAAGAUUUACGACUGUGGCCCCCAAUGGGAGGCCCUGCAGACCCGCCACAUUGACAGUCUUCAACACCAGCAGUUCCUUGGCUAUAUUACUCAACAGGAAGUGUGGACUUGUGCUUCUGUCCUGAAAGAUUCAGCUAAGAGAGCCUCGGCCAAGGCAGCCCACCAAAGAGCCAUGCUACCCCGAAAGUUUUCAGCUGGGACAACAAAAAGGCCACCAGAAAUAAGACCUGUGUCUGUAUUUCCACCCAGGGCCCACAGCACAGGGCUCAGCUCUCUCAGGAAGCAUGGCUUCCACAAGUUUUGA